GGUGGAGGUAGUGAGCAACAACAUGCGAUCCGCUGCGGUGAAACCAACAGAGAAGCAGGCUACCCGCUCUCUGGAGCGCUGAUGGAAACGCGGUUCGUGGAUAAAUCCUUCGAGCUCCAAUUUUCCUGAGUGAACAGAGCUGCAGGUCUCCUGAGGUGAACUGGACUUUAGAAAGAUGAGUUCUCCAAGCCUACUGCAGCCCAGCUUCCUGCUGGCAAACCUUAAAGCUGACGCCACCAACAAACCUCUGAUGCAUCGAAUCCAGGACCUGAUGAAGAUCAUAGACGAGUAUCCGGCCAAGGAGCUGCACCCCAUCUUCCCCUGGCUGGUGGAGAGCAUGUUUGGAAGUCUGGAUGGGAUCAUCUCUGGCUGGAACCUGCGCCUCCUCCACUCCCGGAGCCACGAGUACGCCGUUGUUUUGGACUUUCUGAACCCCAGCGGCCCGAUGAUGAAGCUGGUUUAUAAACUCCAGGCUGAAGAAUACAAAUAUGAACUUCCUGUCAACUAUCUCCCGGGUCCUGUGAAGGCCUGCAUCCAGGAGGGCGUCCUCCCAGACUGCCCUCUGUUCCACAACAAGCUGCAGUUCCCGCCGCCGGGCGUCAUGACUCCGAACAUCGCUCUCGAUCCUUUUGAGUUCUUCAUGUUUCAUUUGGCCUACUGCCUCGUCGCUCCCAGGAACUGCCUCCAGCCUCAGCUCAGCAGCUCCACAGACAGCGCCUACUUCGUGCUGGUGGACAUGUACCUGAAGUACUUCCUCCCCGUCGAAGGAAGCGUCCCUCCGUCUCCGUUCUCGGACGCUAGAGGCUCCGUCACGGCUCCGUCACCACGAGCCUCCAGCGUGUCGUUUGCUGGUUACGGCGUUCAUAGCCCCAGCCUCCUGAAGCACCAUAUUUUCCACCAGUCGUCUGUGAACGCAGACCCUGCAGCCCAGGAGAUCUGGAGGUCUGAGACGCUGCUGCAGAUGUUCGUAGAGAUCUGGCUCCACCAUUACUCCUUGGACAUGUACCAGAAGCUGCAGUCUCCUCAGGUAAAGCUGGCCCUGCUGCAGUACCGCCUCAGUAUGUCCAGCAUGCCGUGCCAACCCCACGCCCCACCAGGCUCUGGGACCUUCCACACCUACCAAGUACUUUUACCUUUUCAUUCACCCCCGCCCCUCUGGGGCCUCCUGGAGGAGCCCUUCAGUCCAUCGGAGGAACACGUGUUGGUGGUGCGCCUCCUGGUGAAACAUCUGCACGCCUUCUCCAACAGCCUGAAGCCCGAGCAGCCGUCCUCAUCGCCAUCAGCCCACUCCCACCCCAGCCCACUGGAGGAGUUUAAGAGGGUGGUGGUGCAGCGUUUCGUGCAGCAGAAGCUCUACCUGUUCUUGCAGCAUUGCUUCGGACACUGGCCUCUGGAUGCCUCCUUCAGAGCGGUUCUGGAGACGUGGCUCAGCUACAUUCAGCCUUGGAGAUACACAGGAGAGAAGACCAACCCCCAACCGGACCAAAACAGAACCGUCCCAGACAAAUGGGAGACGUUUAUCCACGAGAACCUGCUCCUCUACACCAAGCUCUUCCAGGGCUUCCUGAACCGAGCCGUGAGAACCGACUUGGUCAACGUCAAAAACGCCCUGAUGGUGUUCAGGGUGGCCAAAGUGUUUGCUCAGCCCAACCUGGCAGAGAUGAUCCAGAAAGGUGAGCAGCUGUUCCUGGAGCCGGACCACAUCCUUCACCACCGCCAACCUCGUGGAUACCUCACCCCGAGCCAGGGCGGGAGCUACCUCUCCACACGGCAACGGGUGGUGAUGGAUACGGUGUUCAAGGUGAAGAGCCAUGUGUAUUCCCUGGAAGGGCAGGACUGUCAGUACAAGCAGAUGUUCGGCUCUGAGGUCAGAGGAGCGGUCAUGAAGUUCAUCCAGAUCAUAGCCCAGGCCCGGCAUACGGCGAAGAGGAUAUCGGAUCACUCUAACGAGGCGGCGACCAGCAGCUCUUUCCUCUCCUGGUUCGGACUCGGCUCCUCCGACCUCAACAACACGUUUCCUGGUGCCGAGCCGGAGGACAGCGGGGAAUGUCUGAAGAAGACCCACGAGUUCCUGGACAGAGCUCUGGAGAACCUGUGUGGGAUCUUUAAGCUGAACCAGGGCCAGCUGGCUCAGCUCCUCUCCAACCUGAGCUCCUCCCAGGACGACGGCCACUCCAGGCAGCUGCCGGACUGCAUCCAGGGGGAGAACGGGCUGGUUCUGACCGACCUGGGCAGGAUGCAGAUCAUAAACGGGCUGCGCAGGUUUGAGGUCCAGUAUCAGGGGGAUCCGGAGCUGCAGCCCAUCAGGAGCUACGAGAGCGCCCUGCUGGUCCGGUUCCUCUACAGGGUUUCCUCUCUGCUGAACGACAGGUUCCAAGCCCACAUGAGCGCUCUCUGCUCGCGCUCAGACUUCCUGGGUCGCCUCGGCCGCCGCUUCCUGACGGAACCGGAGCCCUCGGUCCGGUUGAAGCGGAGCCCGAUGUCCCGGCGGACUCUGGAGCGAAGCCUGCAGCCGCGGCUCAGCCUGCGCCCGCUGGCCAGCUACAGGACGCUGCUGCUGCUGCUGCUCUUCUACGCGCUGGGGGCCCUGCUGUCAUUUGGGCCCCUCUCCAGCACGGCCCUGCUCCUGACGGGGGCGCUCCUGUACGGAGUGGCGAUGACACUGUUUGUAGAAAAACUGAAAACUCAGUGAGACGAACCGCCACCCGGAACAUCAAAAACACUUCAUGGUUCCAGCGAACCUGCAGCUCAUUCUGGGAUAUUUCUAAUGUAAAUAUUUUUAUUUUUUGAGAGCUUUUCGAAGAACCUGCAGGCCAAAAACUUUAAAUAAAGUAUUUUUUCUCAGUGGAAACAGAA